AUGAAGCGCGCUCACUCUUCAGGGGAGGAGGAGGAGGAGGAGGAGGAAGAGAAGGAGGAGGAGAAUACUGCUCCUCCCCCAUCAAAGAGUGCGAGAGUUGCAGAUGAUUCGCUCUUUGAGCUGAGACGUAGCGCACCUCGAGGUUAUCUCCAAGAGUACCGAGCCGCACUGAGUGAUGAUCAUAGAGAUGUGAUGUCGGUGUUCAACGAAGUAGCACCGGACGUGCGAGGUGUGAUGAAGAGCGAGCUUGAAGAACACCAGUACAAAGCGGUCGUGGUCGUUUGCGUUACGCUUGAGAGAAGCGAUGCUGCGGGUGAAAUCUUUUCAGCAUCACCUUUCUUCCGCAGUCGACCUAUGAUCAUGCUGAACCCAUCCAACGUUGACGAUCAGCUACCCGGCGCAUUUGGUAAGAUCAUCGGUAAACUCGAUGCGUGGAUACAGGCUGGCUCGGGAUGGACGGUGACUGGAGUGAAAAGCAUCAACAUCGACAUUGCAAAGUAUAAGCCUAUGCGUGGCUCUUCGUACUUACCUCUCCCGGACAAGAUCGCUAAGACCAGGAGCAUCAUCAAUGUUCAGAAUGAUGAUGAGCAAUGCUUGAAAUGGGCGCUCUUAUCAGCACUCCACCCGGCGGAGCAGCACGCUCAUCGCGUUACCAAGUACGUGCGGCAUGCACAGGAUCUGGACUUUGAUGAUGUCGAGUUUCCCGCGACUCUCGCCGAUGUGUAUAAGGUGGAGAAGAAUAAUAACUUGCACAUCAACGUGUUUGGCUUUGAAGGCGAGUGCCUCUUCCCGCUGAAGCUGGUGGACUAUGAUAGUAUUAGUGGCGAUGAUAGCGAUGUGAUCAACCUGCUGCUAAUCUACGACGAGAUGGUGAAUCACUUCUGCUGGAUCAAGAACUUCAACGGUCUGUGCUUUCACUUGAGCAAGUGCAGAUCUCGGACUCACUUCUGCAUGAGAUGCUUGUCAGGACACCGCACCCCCGAAACGCUGAGGAAUCACCAGCGUUACUGCACGAAUGUCAAGCCUGCCGCAGUGAAACUACCGGAACCGGGAGAGACGCUGAGAUUCAAGGAUGUUCAGCGUAGGAUGAAGAUGCCGUACGUAAUCUAUGCCGAUACGGAGAGCCUUAUCGUACCGAGCUCGGAGCAGCAUGGAAAGCAUACGGUUCGCAAUGCAGAACACGUCCCCUGCGGUGUUGCCUACGUGGUAGUCCGCUCAGAUGGAACGGUUACGAAUCGAUAUCUGUGCAGAGGAGAUGACUCAAUCGAGACGUUUUUCGAGCAGUUGACUAGCGAGGAUGGGAGAAUCACCGAGGAUCUCAAAAGAAAGCGGUCGUUGACCAUGACGGACGAUGAGCGGCAACGGUUUGCUAACGCUUCUGAGUGCUGGAUCUGCAACAAGCCACUCAACGCCGAUCGAGUGAGAGAUCACGAUCACAUCAGCGGAGAGUUCCGCGGUGCUGCACACAACGCAUGCAAUCUUCUUCUACGCAUCACACCAGAGACGCAUCCAAUUCCCGUGGUGUUCCACAACCUUAAAGGUUAUGAUGCACACAUGCUAAUUUCACGGAUCGGUGUCACCACGAGUGAAACGAGCAGUAUCACGCAACCCAGUGGAAGAAGCGGACUCAAGAAGGCGGGUGAGAUAAAGGUGAUUCCGAACAACAUGGAAGGCUACGUGUCGUUUUGCUGGGGGAGAUUUCGCUUCGUGGACAGCCUUGCCUUUUUGAACGCAUCACUGGACAAGUUGGUGAACAAUGCGCCUGGAGAGUCGUUCAAACAUCUGAGAUCUCUCUCUGCGAUUCACGCAAGGCGGAUGAAUGGAGGUAACAGCGCCAGCAGCAGCAGCAGCAGCAGUACCAGCAGCACCGUCACCAGCAGCAGCAGCAGCGUCACCACCGACACAAGCGUCUGCAGCGGUGUCAGUGUCUGCGCUGACACUGAUGAUGUCUCCCAUCCCGGCAGAGAUGAUGACGAUGCUGAUGAUGAUACUCCUGUCAACCCCGACGACUUGUUUGAGCUUCUCCGUCGAAAGGGUGUAUACCCAUACGAGUACAUGGAUUGUACGAUGAGGUUUGGAGAUACGUCGCUCCCUCCAAAGGAGAAGUUCUUCUCUGCGCUAUCGGAGAAGCAUAUCAGCGACAGCGACUACGAGCAUGCUCAGCGGGUAUGGACAGCCUUCCAGUGUCGGACAAUGGGAGACUACCACGACCUGUAUCUCGACACGGACGUGAAUCUCCUCGCGGAUGUAUUCGAGACCUUCCGAGCCACGGCGAUGGGUACCUACGGUCUCGACCCAGCGCAUUAUUACACCCUGCCGGGUUUCGCCUGGGAUGCACUGCUGAAGUUCACUGGUAUCUCUCUAUCUCUUCUGAGCUGCGUGGACAUGCACCUGUUUAUCGAGCGUGGUCUGCGAGGCGGGGUAUCGAUGGCCUCUCAUCGUCAUGCCAAGGCCAACAACAGAUACAUGGCUACACACGAUGCAGGCAAGCCAUCCACCUAUUUGCAGUACCUAGAUGCGAAUAAUUUGUACGGUUGGGCUAUGUGUCAACACCUACCCGUAUCCGACUUUGAAUGGAGCGUUCCCAGCAGUGAGCUUCUCGCCGACAUCCUCAAACAUCCUAGCGAUGCGUCAAACGGCUACAUCGUUGAGUGCGAUCUUUCGGUACCGGAUCAUCUUCACGAUCUUCUGAACGAUUAUCCACCAGCGCCGGAGAAGGUCAGCAUCGGUGAACACAUGCUCUCUCCGUAUCAGCUGGAUCUGCUGGAGAGCACCCCCAUCACUGGACUCGCAGCCGCGAAGCUGGUACCUCACCUGCUACCAAAAACACGCUACGUCCUGCACUAUCGGAAUCUACAGCUCUACGUAAAGCUGGGUCUGAAGAUUGAUAACGUGCACCGAGUGUUAUCGUUCAAGCAGUCGGCAUGGAUGAAGCCCUACAUCGAGCUGAACACCGAUCUGAGAAAGAAUGCAGCCAACGAUUUUGAGCGCGACUUUUUUAAGCUUAUGAACAAUGCGGUCUUCGGCAAGACAAUGGAGAACGUGAGGAGGAGAGUGAACAUCCGUCUGCUGAGAGUCGAAGAUGAUGAAGACGUGAUCCUCACGGCCGUUGCAAAGCCCACCUAUGCCAGACACGUGAUGUUCGACAACGGUCUGAUCGGCGUGGAGAACAGGAAGCUAAGGGUAACGCUAAAGAAACCGGUGUACGUUGGCAUGAGCGUGCUUGAUCUCAGCAAGGCGCUCAUGUACGAGUUCUACUACGCACAUCUGAAGGCUCGCUACGCAGAGCGUGUCACUUUGCUCUACACGGACACGGACUCGUUUGUCCUGAAGUUUGCCACGGACGAUCUGUACGAUGAUAUGAUGAGCACCAUCGACGAGUAUGACACGAGCAACUACCCGUCUGAAAACCCGCUUUACAGCCAGCAGAACAAGAAAACCGUCGGGAAGUUUAAAGACGAACUGGGCGGACGUCUGAUGACUGGGUUUGUGGCGCUUCGCUCUAAGAUGUAUGCCUAUGACGGUGAGGAGAGCGGACAGCGUGCAAAAGGCGUUAAAAGAAGUGUGACAAAGCAGUUCACCCUGAGCGACUAUGAGCGAUGUCUGACACACCGGACCGUCUCUGCUCAUCCGAUGACAGCUAUUCGGAGUCAUGCUCACCGCGUCUACACCGAGACUAUGACCAAAACGUCUCUAUCUCCUUUUGAUAGCAAGCGCUACAUCCUGCCUGAUGGUGUAUCUACGCUGGCAUACGGUCACCAUCGCAUUGCACAGUCAGACGUGCAGUAGCAGCAGCAGCAGCAGCAGCAGCAGCAGCAGCAGCAGCAGCAGCAGCAUCAGUUUCUCCACAGUGAAACGUUAAACAUGUCAUUCAUUAUUGGUAUGAUGAUAAACAAUUACGGAAUAUGCAUUACAUUGUUCAGUUGAUGGGAUUUAUCGGAGUGAAGUGAUGAUGAUCGUACUAGUACUAGUAUGCAUGUUGACAUGUCUGUACAAGUGAUUUUGUAUU